UUACUAAAGACAGUGCAGAGAUGCAGAUGUAAAGCACUUUGCAUCUUCGAAGAGACCAAGCCAGCAGAACCUCCCCACAAACUGAUGUAAUGGUCUACUGUAAAUUUGGCAGAAGAGGUUAGGGCACGAUCCUGGCCACUGGGUGGGCAUGGUGCUCUAAUACUCUUUUCCACCGUCAUCACUGUGAUCAUGUUAAGAUGCCAGUCUUUGAUCGUCUGUCCGUUCUGCUCUGUCAUGCCGUGGUUCCGGUACUUGUGGUCCUGCUUUCAGUCUCUGGACAUCCACAGGCCUUCCCCUGUAGACUGAUGCAAAGUACGGCUCUGUGCAAAAAUUGCCAGCUCUCUGCUGUACCAAACCACUUACCACCGCAAAUUGAGGAGAUCUAUUUAGAUAAGAACCUUCUCAUUAAUUUGCAGGAUGGUUGUCUCUCAAGAUAUCCUAUUCUUCGAACCUGCAGCUGUGCAAACAAUCAUCUAAGGACCGUGGAAGAGAAUGUAUUCUCUGAGUCGCCUCUUAUAGAAAACCUCAAUUUUGCUGACAACGAGCUUCAUGAUGGACAUAAGCAGGUGGCGCAGUCAUUCAGCCCUUUGUCCCAACUAAAGACUCUUGAUCUUUCAGGUAACGGUCUCACCGAGGACAUGGUGUCUGUGCUGUUACAGAAUCUGUCCUCUCUUGAGUCCCUUUACUUGUCUCGGAAUGUGAUGCUGAGGUUGGAUGAGACAACAUUCAGAAACCUUCAUCAGCUUAAGGAGCUGAACGUAGAGAGGAACCUGUUGUUUGAGAUUGAUGGAGCGUUUUAUCAUAUGAAAAAACUCCAGAGGUUGAACUUGGCCUUCAACUGCCUUCCAUGUUUGGUCAACUUUGAGAUGACCCAACUGCUGGUCUUAAACGCCAGCCACAAUUCCAUUGAAUGGUUCAUAACCAAUCAGAAUUUGUCUGAGACUUUUCAGCUGGAGACAUUGGAUCUGUCCGAUAAUCAUUUGCUGUUCUUUCCGUUCCUUCCAACACACAACCAUAUAAGGACUUUGAUUUUGUCCAAUAAUUGGGUGAGCUUUUACCAAGACUUUGCAAAUGCCACAUCUUCAAACUGGACCACUAAGGUUGAGUUCUACAAUCUUGGGCAAAAUGUGGGCAAUGUCACAAUGGAGCUUUGGAAUGAGAGCCUUCAUGGUGACAUUUCCUCUGUGGAGCUCCUGGACCUGAGUGAGAACAAGGUGGACAACUUCCCUCAGGGAUUCAUUCAACAAAUGCCACGUCUGAAUUGGCUGAGGCUGAGGAGUAACUGUUUACAGUCCUUCAGUUUGACGCCUGAAGAUCUCCCAGUCACCCUCUAUGAACUGGAUGUCAGCAAAAACAGGCUUACUGAGCUCAAAGCGAGCCAAAGCACCAUCAGCAAGCUAAAUAACCUCACAUAUCUGAACCUGAGCACAAAUGACAUUCAAAAACUUUCACCCACGAUAUUUGCCAAUCUACCAAGUCUGAGCACAGUAGACCUUAGUCAUAACCCAGUGGAUGUAUGUUUUUCUGAAGAGUCAAACUACAGUUCCUCAACUUGUGUUUUGUGGUCAAACAUUGUUACCCUGAAAAAGCUCUACCUUGAAGGUUGUGGCAUACAAAAUAUGCCGCCUUCGCCAUUUAAGGGCACACCAUUAACACACCUUGAACUGUCAAACAAUCUAGACCUACACAUCAAACAGGAAUCUUUGGCAGGUCUCAGUAACACUUUGGAGCAUUUGGGACUUGGUAACACAGGUUUACAAGACUUUGACUUCUCUCCGUACAGCCACUUGAGGUCUUUAAACAUCUCUAGAAACUCAAUGUCAGAAUUUCCUGAAUCUCUGGUGGCAUUAAACCUGAGACUUCUGGACUUGAGGGAUAACAUGUUGACCACCAUACCAUCCAAACACGCCACUAUUUUAGCUCAGAGACUGCAGGCUGUGUAUCUGAAUGGAAAUGCCUUCAACUGCUGCCAUUUAGACUGGUACAGGACGUUUGUGGAGAAUAAAGGCAUUAGUGUUGUUGAUCUCUCAGAAAUUACAUGUUUGGACUUUAACCUCAGGCAUCAUAAGGUGAUGCUUUUUGACGCAGUCCACUGUGGUGGUAUCAGCAAUGAGGAAUCUUUUGUGUGGUACAUCCUCCUCUUCGUAACAGUCAGUGUUUCCAUCGUAGGCAUCUCUGUCAUUUACCUGCUGACCUUCAGGCCAAAAAUGUUGCCUCGUGCUAUUAAGAAGAGGUGGAGACCAACUCCGUAUUGACAAACAUGUUAUUGUAAAACUAAUCUAUGUCUGUGUAAAAGUUACUACUCUCAGAAAAUGGCAAUCAGUAUAACAGGAAUAUGAUAUUGACAUGGCAAAGAUUUAGGCCAUAUUGGUCUGUAAGCAUGUGAGUGUAUUUCAUUUUGUCCUCAUUUAAGUUCACGUUAAGUAUUUGGCUGCUGUGAUGUUUUUUUUUUGUUUGUUUUUUCUAGAAAGGUUGUAUACAUUCAAAAAUAUUUGCAGGUUGUUCACUUAAUUAAAAUUAACUAAAGCAACACAAUUCUAGAACAUUUUGUCUUAAAUUCAUUACAUUACAUUUAAUUACAUUUGUAAAAUUUAAGUUCACUUAAUCCAUUUGAGUAAGGUCUACAUGAACAUUUUUUUGUAGCAUUAUUGAAACAGGGGAUUUCAGUUUCCCAGCAUGCUUUGCAGGGGACUGGAAGGUGUGAACAAAUGUUGAAACUAGGUGUUAUUUUAUGCAUUUUUGAGCAAGAUAAGAACAGGAUGAGUUUUGUUCAUGUUUACUGCUCUGUUUUAUAAUUUUUUAAAAGUAGUGUUUGUUUGGCUGGAGUUUGGCGGGUUACCAUUGUGGUGAAGACUUGUGCUUGUGCAUUGGUUGAGGAUGGACUUGCACUAUCAAGUUAUGUUUGAUUUGAGUGCUGUUUAGCUUUAUAAAUAGUUGUUAUCUAAGUGUCAAUGUAACAGUUUCACUGUCCUUACACAUACUCACUUGGCAUAAUGGUUAAAAAAGUAAAUUAAAGUUGCACUCAGUAAUUUUGAUCUCAUUAAAUAAGUUAAAUAUGAAGUCCUAUAAACAUAAAUUGUAAUUUUCCAAUAUACAUUUGUGCUCUAAAGUUUGCAUACCCUGGCAGAAAUUGUGAAAUUUUGAAAAUAUGACUGAUCAUGCAAAAAAACUAUCUUUUAUUUAAGGAUAGUGAUCAUAUGACGCCAUCAUCACAUAGUUGUCUGGCUCCUUUUUAAUUCAUAAUGAUAACAGAAAUCACCCAAAUGGCCCUGAUCAAAAGUUUACAUACCCUUGAAUGUUUGGCCUUGUUACAGACACACAAGGUGACACACAGGUUUAAAUGGCAAUUAAAGGUUAAUUUCCUACACCUGUGGCUUUUUAAAUUGCAAUUAGUGUCUGUGUAUAAAUAGUCAAUGAAUUUGUUAGCUCUCACGUGGAUGCACUGAGCCAUGGGGAGCAGAAAAGAACUGUCAAAAGACCUGUGUAACAAGGUAAUGGAACUUUAUAAAGAUGGAAAAGGAUAUAAAAAGAUAUCUAAAGCUUUGAAAAUGCCAGUCAGUACUGUUCAAUCACUUAUUAAGAAGUGGAAAAUUUGGGGAUCUUUUGAUACCAAGCCAAGGUCAGGUAGACCAAGAAAGAUUUCAGCCACAACUGCCAGAAGAAUUGUUCAGGAUACAAAGAAAAACCCACAGGUAACCUCAGGAGAAAUACAGGCUGCUCUGGAAAAAGACGGUCUAGUUGUUUCAAGGAGCACAAUAUGACGAUACUUGAACAUUAAUGAGCCGCAUGGUCGAGUUGCCAGAAAGAAGCCUUUACUGCGCCAAUGCCACAAAAAAGCCCAGUUACAAUAUGCCCGACAACACCUUGACAUGCCUCACAGCUUCUGGCACAAUGUAAUUUGGAGUGACGAGACCAAAAUAGAGCUUUAUGGUCACAAACAUAAGCGCUAUGUUUGGAGAGGGGUCAACAAGGCCUAUAGUGAAAAGAAUACCAUCCCCACUGUGAAGCAUGGUGGUGGCUCACUGAUGUUUUGGGGGUGUGUGAGAUCUAAAGGCAUGGGGAAAAUUGAUGGCAAGAUGAAUGCAGCAUGUUAUCAGAAAAUACUGGCAGACAAUUUGCAUUCUUGUGCACAAAAGCUGCGCAUGGGACGUUCUUGGACCUUCCAGCAUGACAAUGGCCCUAAGCACAAGGCCAAGUUGACCCUCCAGUGGUUACAGCAGAAAAAGGUGAAGGUUCUGGAGUGGCCAUCACAGUCUCCUGACCUUAAUAUCAUCGAGCCACUCUGGGGAGAUCUCAAAUGUGCGGAUUAUGCAAGAUGACCAAAGACUUUGCAUGACCUGGAACCAUUUUGCCAAGAUGAAUGGGCAGCUAUACCACCUGCAAGAAUUUGGGGCCUCAUAGACAACUAUUACAAAAGACUGCACGCUGUCAUUGAUGCUAAAGGGGGCAAUACACAGUAUUAAGAACUAAGGGUUUGCAGACUUUUGAACAGGGGUCAUUUCAUUUUUUUCUUUGUUGCCAUGGUUUUAUGAUUGUGCCAUUCUGUUAUAACCUACAGUUGAAUAUGAAUCCCAUAAGAAAUAAAAGAAAUGUGUUUUGCCUGCUCA